AUGAGACCGUGGGAGAAACGUAGAUCGGAUGAUGGACUACUUUUGUUCGACGAUACACAAAGCUUGGGGAUUGGAGAUUUGUAUAGGUACAAAAUUACUGUGGAUAAAUCAAAGUUGGAAGAAGAAGGUAUUUCGACAGAUGUGCUGUUCGUGAGGGUCAAGAAUAAAGAGAGCGCUUUGUUGAGGCCAGUUUACUUGACUGGUCCUUAUGCGUGCUAUGUAGAUGUUAGACCGCACAACUACGAUGAGAACAAAAAGUUUGAAGGCGAUGAAAAGAUUCAGUUUACUAGUGACUUGAGACCAGAUGAACAUUUCAAGGCAAAACUGUAUUUGAACGAAAACUCUAGGAGGGAAGAUGGAUUGUAUUCGUGGACCGUUGAUGUUUUAUCGCAAGUCAGCGUUACUUCGCUUCCCAAAGUUGAAUAUGGAAUUAGGAUCGGUACUACGAAGGCUGCCAGUAAACACGUACCAGACGUCAGUCCAGUAAAAGGAUUUGAGAUUGAUGUAAAAGACACUGACACACUGUGGAACUUGCCUCCGAAAUUUCCGACCAAACCGGUUCACUUGGUGAUCGUAACUCAUGGUAUAUUUUCCAAUAUUGGUUGUGAUAUGCUUUAUAUCAAGGAUAAGAUUGAAGAGAAAACAUUUCCAAUGGACGAAAGUAUUAAUCCCAACAUUGUUGUCAGAGGUUGUAUGGAUAAUAUGGGGAAAUCCGCGAGAGGUGUCAGGUAUCUGGGGAGCAGAGUUGGUAAAUUUGUUAUAAGCACCGUUGAUCUGUUGAAUCAGAUUUAUAAAGUGGAUAAAAUCUCAUUUAUCGGCCACUCGCUUGGAGGUCCCACACAGGCAAUGGCUCUUCAUUACAUUGCGGUUAAAAGACCCGAUAUAUUUGAUGCUCAGACCGGUGUAAAGCCCAUAAACUUUAUCGCGUUGGCUAGUCCCUUUCUUGGAGUCGUUGGUGACUUUCCGCGGUACGUUUCGUUGGCUCUUGAUGUAGGGGCCCUGGGGGUUACUGGUAGGGAUUUGACUCUAAGGCACACUCCAGUUUUUUUCAGAAAUGGGCUGGGUGGUUCAAGGGGUCCCAGUCGACUUCAUAAGUUGAUCCUGGAGGCGCUGCCCCAAUCACCGGCAUUGGCCGUUCUUGAGAGGUUAGUUCACAGGACACUCUAUGCGAAUGUUUUGCAUGAUGGUAUUGUGCCGCUGAGAACGGCAGCUCUCCUCUACUUGGACUGGAAAAGUUUAGCCAAAGUUCAUGAGAUUCGUAAACAAAAAGCGAAGGCAUUGAACGAUGGUGAUGCUGCUUUGAAAAAAAUCCCAAAACCACCUGCCUCUUACACAAGUUCGUCGUCUGACCAAUCCUCGGAUACAAAUACCACUAAACUAAACCACAACUUUCCUAAUGGGUUCAGUUCCGCGCAAGACCUCGCUGAAAGCGGUCGUGCUUCAACUCCCAAUGACGACACAGAGAUAACGAUUGGCAGUUCUUUCAGUGCUGAUGAUGAAAAAGUAGACUCGCGUGUGGAAAAUGGUAAUGGAAUUGCUCAGGCAAACAGUGUUGAACAUGAUAACGGCAGUAAAGAAAAGGUUGACAGACAUGGAAACGUUCAGGCAGAUGGUGUUGAACAUGGUAUUGAAAAUGGCAAGAACAACAGUGAAGAAAAGGUCGACAGGCAUGGAAACGUUCAGGCAGAUGGUGUUGAAAAUGGCAAGAACGGCAGUAAUGAAGAAGUUGACAAACAUGGAAGUGAUAAUAAAGCUUCUAUCGGUGAAAUCCCAGUCGAAAGCAUGGACAAGAAAGCUGCGUUGCAAUGGUUAAUGCCUCAGGGACUUUCGAAGGGGAAUAGACAUGCCAAAUAUUUCCGAACCCAAACAAUGGAGAUGGGCACUGGAUCUGCAGAAGUCCAUGGGAGGCAUAAAGAGGAAAAACAGUUUGUUCCACCACCAAAUGCAUCCACCGUUAUGGCCGCGAUCUCUGUUAUCACGGCUCCUAUUCCCACUCAGGAAUAUAUCAAGGAUCCGAGCAUACGUACUGAUGCUAUUGUCCAUGACAAAAUUUAUCAUCCCAGUGAGCUGCCGCCUCCGCAUUACACCAAUAGACCUUUCAUAAAGAAAGUAAUCUACCCUAAUGAGUCGAACAACAGACAUCAGGAGCGCAUAGCAAGAAUGUGGCAAGAAACGAUGACGUGGAGAAAGGUUCUGGUGGACCUUAAGCCCGAUUCUCAUAAUAAUAUAAAUGUUAGGCGGAGGUUCACUAAUUUAUUCGGCAACGUAGCGAUAGCGGAUAUGGUGGAAACGCAUUUCGGCGAAGAAGCUUGCCAAAAAUAUGCAGUGUUCUAA